AUGGAGGACCUACUAGAGAAUCCAAAAAAAAGAACAUUGUUCGAGAAAUUACUCAAUGAUAAAAUAGAUGAUGCCAUAAGACAAAAUAAUCGCCAAAAGAAAGUCAAAAAAGAUGUUGAAGCUCCACCGCAAGCUGCGCCAAAUACACCAAAUCUUUCUAUUUUUGUCGAAUUGUUAAACAUUUUCGAUGAAAAGCUUCUUUCGGACAAUUCCUUUUUUGAGACCAGACGUCAAGAAUGGGUUAGAGCUCCUGACAAGCCGAUUAUGGACAUGGAAUGGAUCCUUCCCGAAAACUGGAAAGCUGAGGAAAAGGCCUUUCGAGAAGGAGAGAACGAAGAAAGAGAAGAGGAAGAUCCUCCUGAAGAAAAAUGCGGCAGAGCAUUUGUCGUGCGCGAGCUGGCGAUGUGGAGCUGCCUUUUUAACCGAUGGGAGCUUGUAGAUACAAUCCGAGAUCACGUGAAGGAGCAAGAGAGCGUUUCAAAAGACGCCAGGUGUUCUGAAGAAGAUGCAGGAGAAAAUCUAGGAACAGUUCUUGGGGUUGAACUUGGCAUUGCAUUUCUCAUUCACAACUGCCGCUUGGUCACCGAAAAGUACAUCACUUUAUCAGAACUGCAGAGCUCGUACAAAGAGCAGCAGGAAAAAAUUGAGGAGUACACUGUUGAGCUGAUAACUUCAUGCUACGAGAUGGACUACGAUCAGUGUCUUCUUUUGAUCAGAAUCGAGAAUCGACACUGGGGAAAGAGGACAGCUCUUCAGCUGGCAGAACAAGCUCGUCUAGGUAACUUCAUGUCAACAGACGCUGUUCAAGACUUGCUUGACAAAAUUUGGACUGGUGGACUUGAACCAACCACGAAUUUUCGCCUUGCUAUGUGUUCAGUCUGCCCGUUGUUAGUGCCAUUUUUCAUGAAGCCCUCAAAAGACCCGUACAUUGACAGGAUUUCCUAUAUGAAGUCGGGCUUCUUCUGGGGCGGCAAGCAAGUCAAGAGCUUGGGAAUGUCCACAAAUGAAGAAGACAACCCAAGCAAAUUGAUGGUGAUUUCCAACUUCUGCACGUCACCGCUCUAUUGUUUCAUCAUUGAAGUCGUUUCCUACCUCGCCUUUCUUGGCCUCUUUGCUUACGUUAUUCUGCUAAAAUUUUGCAUCCGAAUUACUUUCUUCGAAUACCUCCUUAUGAUUUGGAUGGUCAGUAUUCAACUCGAACGAAUUAGGAAGUUUAUAGCAAUAGCGGACAAGACAAAGAGCGAAAAGAUACGACUCAUGUACCAUGACACUUGGAAUAUUUUAUACUUCCUUGCGAUCGCUACAUUCUUGGCUGGCAUUAUUCUCAGGGCAAGCUCAAUCGUUUCCUACGAGGAUAUUUAUUUGAUCAACAUGAAGUCCUUUGAAAAUCUCCCGAAUAAAAAAAUCAACCUUUACAAUACGUCGAGCUGGGAGGACUUUCAAGAUAAAUACAAAUUUUCCGUCAUCUCUUCCUUCUUUUCGAAUGCCAACAAUCCGCUUUACACAGAAAUGUCUCCGGAAGCAAAAAAAUUCGUCGAAGACAACUACGGAAUCUACCCCUUUGAAUACAUCAACGGCAUGGAAGACCAUCCGGCAUCACUUAAUUAUUGCCCACUUCAUAUCCUCGAGAACUCUUCAUUCGAAAACCCGAAAUUCUUGAAGUGGGCGCAGAUCUUCUACGGCAUCACUUACCUAAUCAUGUGCAUGGCUGUUCUUCACUUUUAUGAUAUUCACAAGCUUUUGGGUCCCUUGGCGAUCUCUAUUGGAAGAAUGAUGCGCGAUUUGAUGAUGUUUAUUUUUAUUCUUGCAGUUUUCCUUGUCCCGUAUGGUGUCAUUACUACAGCUUUACUGUAUCCGAACGAAGUGAGACUUGCUGAUUGUAUGGAGGGCAUCUUCUUCAAGCCAAUCCUCAAUCUCUACGGAGACCUGUUUCUCACAGAAUAUACCAACUACGAGUUCAACAGCGAGCUCGACGGAUGCGUGGAGGCAGAAGACAUUCGGUCCAUCGAAACUGAAAACGAUCUGUAUUCGGGCUUCGACUUUGUCCGAGUUACUCCGAUAAUGAAAAACUUUACACACGAAUGGGAACGCGACAUCAAAUUAUGGAACGAAUGUUCUCCUGAGCACAUGACUCAGAUUACUGCUUUUUAUUUGACAAAUUACGAUUGCAAUUUCGGAGAAGGCUCUAGCACAAAUACUACUUCUUCUGGAACCAUUGAGUGUUCCUUCUUAGAGAGCAACGAAGCAAACGCUACAGAGUUACCUCCUGUCUCACUGACGGCGAUUUUCGGUGAUUGCUUCAGCAAAGUUCGCGUCUUGCGCAUCUCGAAGGAUGAAAUCGCAAAAUUUAGGCCUUUGCUACCAACUGAAAGCAAACGAGAUUCUGACCAAAGUGGUGACUUUGAUUAUAUGUUUCAAGACUUCGAAGGUACUGACAUGGAGAAUUACGAGUACUUUGUUUUCAGCCCAUUUAUGGAGGAAGAUAUUCUGAAUGCUGAAAAUGACCCAGCGAAUAAAGACCCCAGUGACAGCCAAAAAGCAGCGAUGGAAUUGUACAAAGCAAUCGGCAAUCACAUAAAUACACCCGUGGAAGGCCUUCACAUUUUUCCAACACAGGAUGUUUACAAAUUCGAAAAUGAAGAAAUCCCCGUUUCAGAUCGAUUGGGCGAAACGGAGUGGAAACUGGAUGUCUUUCAUAGACGCGUAACAAAGGGAGUGAAGCUAACAUUCAAUGAUCUGCUGCCAAGUUGUUCUGUUGAUGAGAAAAUCGAUCCUUGUACUUCAAGCAAAAAACAGCCAGUUGUACUAGCGGCGAUGAUCGUUUACUCUUUCGAGAACGACAAACGACGCUUCAACUACACAAAUCCCAAUUUCAUGAGCAACAUUCCAGCCGAAGGAUCCAAGAACAAGAAUCAAAAGCUCCAAAACUUCAAAACCCUUUACUUUCCCGAGUACCCCGAUGACAAAUCUGUGGUGCGAAAAGAUUUGACAUCGGAAAUGCUUUUGCUAGAAUAUUUCCACGACGAUGAUGUCGACUAUAUCUCGGUUCAGACAGAAACAGAAGACGGAAAGACGGAGAAAGAAACUGCAGUUAUUCCUCAAGGAAUUGUUCAUCAAAAGACACUCUUACUCUUUUACGCGAAAAAUUCAGCAGAUGUCCAGAACGAUAUUUUGUGA